AUGACGGUCGACCUCAACGUGCCCUACUCGGCCUGCGAGCUGAAGAGGGUGAAACGCCUGGAGUUGGGCGUCCUGGAUCCAGAAAUUAUAAAAAAAAUAGGCGUAUGCGAAAUUGUAAAUGUAGACCUAUACAAAGAUGGGCUCCCAAGGGAAGGAGGUCUAAACGACAUUCGCAUGGGGACCAUAGACUACAAAACUUUAUGUGGGACGUGUAACAUGAACGUAAAAUAUUGCCCCGGACACUUUGGCUACAUCGAACUAGCCAAACCGAUGUACCACUAUGGGUUUAUGAAUGUCGUGUUGAAUGUAUUAAGGUGUGUGUGCUACCAUUGUGGCAGAUUAUUGUGUAAUAUGAACAACUCCAAGGUGAAAUACAUCGAGAAAAUCAAGGUUAAUAGUUUGCGACUGAAGAGAUUAUCUGACGUGUGCCAAGGAAUUAAAGUAUGUGACCACUCCUCUCCACAAGAAGAAGAUUCUCUACAUCUGAAUGACAACGCAGUGGAUAACUUCUACAAUAACAAUUUGAGUAACUUAAAUGUAAACCAACAAAUGCUUCUAAACCCUAACAGCUACAGUAACAUUUUCGAAAUGGUCAAUAAAGAAGACGUGGACUGUGGUUGUGUGCAGCCGAAAUACUCAAGGGAAGGACCAAACAUGUUUAUUCAAUUUUUACACUCAAGUGAGGAAGACAUAGAUGAAAGUAAGAGAAAAUUAAGUGCAGAAGAAGCCUUAGAAAUUUUGAAGAAAAUCAGAAAAGAAGAAAUGCCCAUUCUUGGAUUCGAUUCAGAUAGAUGCAUCCCCGCUUCAUUAAUUUUAACAUUCAUUCCCAUACCUCCUCCAUGUGCCAGGCCAUAUGUACAGUAUGGUAACCAGAGGAGUGAAGACGACCUGACAUUGAAACUGCUAGAUAUUGUAAAAACAAACAUACAGUUGAAGAGGCAAACGGAUAGGGGGGCCAAAUCGCAUGUCCUGCAAGAUCUGUGUGCCCUACUGCAGUUUCACAUUACCACCUUGUUCGAUAAUGACAUCCCGGGGAUGCCUAUAGCUACUACACGUUCGAAGAAGCCUAUUAAAGCCAUACGGACAAGGCUAAAGGGGAAGGAAGGAAGGCUACGAGGAAAUUUAAUGGGAAAACGUGUGGACUUCUCAGCCAGAACAGUAAUUACGGGAGAUCCAAAUUUAAAUAUUGACUACAUAGGAGUGCCAAAAUCAGUGGCCAUGACAUUAACAUUCUGCGAAACGGUUACUCCACUGAAUUACGAUGACAUGAAGAAAUUGGUGGAAAGAGGUCCAUACGAAUGGCCAGGAGCGAAAUAUAUCAUCAGGGACAAUGGCACAAAGUAUGAUCUCAGACAUGUAAGAAAAAAUUCUGAGAGGGAAUUAGAAUAUGGAUACAAGGUUGAACGACACAUGACAGAUGAAGAUUAUAUCCUCUUCAAUCGACAACCUUCUCUUCACAAAAUGAGUAUCAUGGGACAUAAGGCGAAAAUAUUGCCGUACUCUACCUUCAGGCUAAACCUAGCUGUUACUUCUCCUUACAAUGCAGAUUUUGAUGGUGAUGAAAUGAAUUUGCACCUUGCGCAGUCUCAUGAGACUAGAUCAGAAAUUAAGCACCUCAUGAUUGUGCAGAAGCAAAUCGUCUCUCCGCAGGGUAAUAAACCUGUUAUGGGAAUUGUGCAGGAUUCCCUCUUGGCCAUAAGAAAAUUUACAAGACGAGAUAACUUUCUCACAAAAGAAGAAGUGAUGUCUUUACUCAUUUGGAUCCCCUACUGGAAUCAUGUGAUACCUACUCCUGCCAUUAUGAAGCCCAAGGCCCUGUGGACAGGAAAACAAAUAUUCUCUAUGCUUCUCCAGUUUGAAGAUUUAGAAAGGCUCAACGACCCGUUAGGUAAUUCCAAGAUGAUGGGGGCUACCCAUGGUAGUGGAUUCAGAGUAGAAGACGAAAUGAGUCGAGGAAACAACAGUAGUGGCGCACACCUCCACCCCCAUAGCCCCCUAGCCAUUGGAGAUACAGUAAACAGUAACGUAAAAAAUCAAUUCACCGGAAACGAAGGGACUGGCACGAACAGUGCAGAUGGCACAUUCAAAGGAAUAAGCGGAUGGGGGAGGAAUGUAAAAAUAAACUUGAUGAGAGAUUCCUCAACCUCGUGUAAAGAUGACAAUCCAUACUGCUCCGUCAACGAUGGAAAAGUGAUCAUAAAAAAUAACGAGCUCCUGUGUGGAAUUAUAUGCAAACGCACAGUGGGUUCCUCUAGCGGAUCGUUGAUUCACAUUCUAUGGCACGAAAUGGGUCCAGACAAAACCAAAGAUUUCAUUUCCGCAUUGCAGAAGGUUACCAACAAUUGGUUAGAAUAUAUCGGAUUCACAGUGAGUUGCUCGGACAUUAUAGCUAGCAACAAGGUUCUCGAUAAGGUAAAGGAUAUUCUAAACAAGUCCAAAAGGGAGGUGUCCAAAAUUGUGAAGAAAGCGCAGAGAGGAGAGUUAGAAUGUCAACCUGGAAAGUCCCUUUAUGAAUCCUUCGAAACGAGAGUAAAUAACGAACUAAACUGUGCUCGUGAAAUGGCAGGAAAGGUGGCCUCGGAAAGUUUGGAUGAAAGAAACAACAUCUUCAGUAUGGUGGCUAGUGGUUCCAAGGGGUCCAUCAUUAACAUUUCACAAAUCAUAUCUUGUGUGGGUCAACAAAAUGUUGAAGGGAAGAGAAUUCCCUUUGGAUUUAACCACAGAUCCUUACCACAUUUUAUUAAAUUUGAUUACGGUCCAGAAAGUAGGGGGUUUGUCUCCAAUUCGUAUUUGAGUGGACUCACCCCACAGGAAGUAUUCUUUCAUGCCAUGGGAGGAAGAGAAGGUAUCAUCGAUACAGCCUGCAAAACGUCGGAAACGGGUUACAUACAAAGGAGAUUAAUCAAAGCGAUGGAAGAUGUUAUGGUUCAGUAUGAUCGAACCGUUAGAAAUUCUUAUGGAGAUAUUAUUCAGUUUCUCUAUGGGGAGGAUGGAAUGGCUGGAGAAUAUAUAGAAGAUCAAAUUAUUGAUCUGAUGAAGCUAGAUAAUAAAGAAGUGAAAAAAUUAUACAAGUACAACUUUGAUGAUGAUGAAGAUGAUGACCUUGAGGACAGUUACGGGAAGGAUUUCUACCUGAACAAUGGACAAAGCAGGAAGAACUCCUAUAUUGAUUACAACAAACAAAAUGUACUGAAUCAGGAAUUUGAGGAGCUACUAAAGUGCAAAAAUAACAUUUGCAAGGAAAUAUUCCCCGAUGGAGAUGUAAGGCAACACUUACCCAUCAACAUGAACCGACUCAUCGAAUUCGCCAAAUCACAAUUCCCCUUUGUUCCUGUUGUCGGUAGUAAAGUGAAGGACCCCAUUAGUGCUAGUAGGAUGAGACCCAAGAUGGGCACCACCAAGAGGAAGUUAAAGAAAGGGAAGAAACUUCCCCCACGAAAUGAGACGAAAGCCAUUGCUGACGGGGCUUUAGGAGAUCCGAAUGACCAAUUGCAGAACAGCGAAUUCAUGUCGGAGAUUAAGAAGGAGUACGAGACGAACGAUCUCGCCAGUGCCAUGAAGGGCCAGGGCGCGUACAGCGGCUUUGAGCCCUUCGACGAGAAUCUCUCAGAAGGACCAGGUCGCAACGGCAGCGAAGACGAAGAAGAUGAUGACGAUGAAGACAAUGACGAUAGUGACGACGAAAGCGAUAGCAAGGACCAAUCCUUUAUCAAUCCCGUAGAUAUCGUGCACAAGGUCAACCGAUUCCUGGAGAAGCUAGUCAUUAUCAAACAGAUCAACAGCAAUGACACCCUCUCGCUCGAAGCCCAGAACAACGCCACUGUGCUUCUGAAGGCCCAUUUGAGAACCUAUUUAAAUUCGAAGCUUCUGACUCAGACACAUAAGAUCAGUAUGAAGGGUAUCGAUUGGCUUCUGCAAGAAAUUGAAAAGAAUUUCUAUAAGUCAUUGUGCCACCCUGGAGAAUGCGUGGGCGCGUUAGCAGCGCAGUCCAUUGGAGAACCCGCAACGCAGAUGACGCUGAAUACAUUUCACUUUGCAGGAGUGGGAUCGAAAAACGUAACGUUAGGUGUGCCAAGAUUGAAGGAGUUAAUUAAUAUUGUGAAAAAUGUGAAGACCCCAUCCACAACCAUUUAUCUGGAUGACAUCGUGUCUAAUGAUCAGCAGAAAGCGAAAGAUAUAUUAACUAAACUGGAGUACACAACCCUUAAGCAACUAACAUCGCAUGCACAAAUUAUUUACGACCCGAACACCACAAGUACCAUCCUAGAAGAGGACAAAACGUGGGUGGAUGAAUUUUAUGAAUUCCCGGAUGAGGAUGAUACGCAGUAUACUCUAGGAGAAUGGGUUCUACGGAUUCAGCUAACCAACAUUCACGUGAAUGAAAAAAAACUGACAAUGAAGGAAAUUGUCUGCAUCAUUUAUUCUGUCUUCUCCAGUGAUGAGUUAGAUAUCAUCUACACGGAUGAUAACUCAGAAGAUCUUAUUCUGAGAAUUAGAGUUAAAUACCUUAAUGGGGAAUAUAACUUUCUGAAUGACGAUGCAGACCAGGCGCAAGAGGAUGAGUACGAAGAGGAAGAGGAGGAAGAGGAAAAUUACAACAAAAUAGGUAACACAUUCAAGACGAAGAAGGACGUGGAGGAGGAGGGUGACAACAGGACGACGCAGAACAAGGAAAAUGAUAAAGACGACAACGAAAGUGUCAGUAGCAACCACUCAAGGCAAAACAGCAUAAACAGUGAAAAUCGAUUUGGUAGCGCAAGUGGUAGCGCGAGCGGCACGGAUUUUGAAGAUGAUGAUGGAAAGGGAAACCACAAUCGGGACGAAGGAGCAAAGGAUAAAACGAGUAAGGGUAAAAGUGCGGUGAAAUUGGAAAAACUGAAAGAAGAAAAUGUCAACCGGCCAGAUAACAACCAUGUUCAGGGAUAUGGAGAAACAGAUUUGUUCGGAAAAGAGGUAGGCAAAAGUGGAGAAAGUGAAAUCGGAAGUGAAAAGGGCUCAGGCACGGCGGAAGACAUGUUCGGGAAGUCCAAUUUAAAAAACACAGAAGAAGAUAUACACACCGCGAAGGGCAGAAACAGCAUCAGUGGCACGAACGGGGGUGUGGGUACCACCGGCGGAAACGUUCCCAAUGGAAAUAAUACAGGGAGUCUAGAUAUGAACAACAUGCGGAACAUAAAUAAUUUGAGCAACCCGAUUCACAUGAAGGAAGAUACAGAGGAUACAUUCUUAAAAAAACUGAUGGAGCAGUGCCUAUCAACAUUGAAGUUAAGGGGAAUAGAAAAUAUUACCAAAGUGUACAUGAGAGAAGAAUCUAAAAUAACCUACGACUCCAACAAUGGGAAGUUUGUGAGAAGUUCACAUUGGGUGUUAGAUACAGAUGGAUGUAACCUGGAACAUAUUUUCUGUGCUCCCCAUGUGGAUUAUAAAAAAACAAUUUCAAAUGACAUAGUGGAAAUCUUCGAAGUAUUAGGAAUAGAGGCAGUGAGAAGAGCUCUUCUAAAAGAAUUGAGAACUGUCAUUUCAUUUGAUAGCUCCUAUGUUAACUACAGGCAUCUCUCCAUCCUCUGUGACGUGAUGACUCAAAGAGGCUACCUAAUGUCUAUAACAAGACAUGGCAUCAAUCGAGUGGAUAGGGGUCCACUAGUCAAAUGUAGUUUUGAAGAAACGGUGGAAAUACUCCUGGAAGCAGCUGCCUUUGCACAGGUGGAUAACCUUAAAGGAAUAACGGAGAAUAUCAUGUUGGGCCAAUUAUGCAAAAUAGGCACAGGCGUUUUUGAUAUCAUUAUAGACAACCAAAAGCUGAGUGAUGCAAAUCAAAAUUUAGAGACCAUGAUGGACAUUACCAGUGCUGGGUUCACUACUCCAGAUAGUCACCAUGGAAUCACGCCAGAUGGAUUACAAUCUCCCGUAGCUAUUAACACGCUAAAUUCCCCUCUGCCUUUCUCUCCAACAUAUAACGUUAAUUUGUUGUCCCCCACAGCUCCCCUUGACAGUGUCAACGGUAUCUUAUCUCCCCAGUGUCUACAGAAUUAUGCAGAUGGAAGUGCUGGUGGUGAAAACAUUAUGUCUCCAUCCAAAAACGACUUUAACAAUUUGGACACGUUAAAAUUGGGAGGCAAAUUUUCUCCUACACAAUCACCCAGGUCACCCACCUCAGUUAUCCACUCCCCCUUCUCCCCAUUUGAUAAUAAUAAUCAGCAACCACUCGAUCCAGGCAUGAUGUUAUUCUCUCCAAAGAAUAACCAAAACAAUAGUAGCAGUAUGGCCAUGAUGAAUUACAAUGUAUUUUCCCCCAAGGCAAAUUUAGAUAACAUACACUCUCCUGCUAUGUUGUACUCUCCUAAUCGUCCCUUAGAUAUAUUUUCCCCGAAGCAGCAGACGCAGAACAAUAUUUACUCCCCUUCCUAUUCGCCCACCUCCCCCACUUAUCACUUGUCCAGCAAUGUGAAUGCUGGUGGCUCCUCUGGUUUGAAUGAUACAAAGGCUUUUUACUCUCCGACAUCUCCAAAAAAUCAGAUGGACGAGAUGAACCCCAAUAUGAUGAAGUACCACAGUGUCCUUUCGCCGGCCUACGCUGUUACCUCUCCGAAAUACUCACCCACAUCGCCCAAGUAUUCUCCAACGUCCCCCAAAUACAUGCCCACUUCGCCCAAAUAUUCCCCCACGUCGCCCAAGUAUUCCCCCACUUCGCCUAAGUAUUCGCCAACAUCUCCAAAAUAUUCUCCCACUUCGCCACAGUACUCUCCUACAUCACCUGUCCCCAACAGCCCCAGUAGUCCCCACUAUUCGCCCUACGCCAUAGCGUCUCCCAAAUUUUCGCCCACGUCGCCCGCAUAUUCCAUCUCCUCUCCUGUGUAUGACCAAAGCAGUAACGCUAGGAAUAGGAAUCAGCACCCCCUUUCCCCCGCGUACAUUCUACAGUCUCCCGUGCAGGUCAAGCAGCACAUCCAAGACGUCAGCGUCUUUUCCCCCAUCCAACAGGCCAAUGCCGACGAGGCGCAGAACGACGACCCCUUCUCCCCGGUGCCCUACAACAUGGAGGAGGACGAAAUGGAACAAUAG